AUGCGUGCCGGGUACAUGCUGCCGGAAGAAGUCGCACAAACUCGAACUCCGACACCAGAGUACUCAUCCAGACAAACGCUCGAAACCAGCACCAAACUCUUCACGUUUGUCGAGCAUGGAAUGGCCAACUCAGAAUGGCAACAUUUUUCGCAUCCUACACGAGCAGCGUUCAUCGGCACCUCCAUCAGCAAUAUCGCCACACUAGUUCGCAACGAGUCACCAUCCAACCUCAUCAAGCAUUUCCCCUUUCCUGCUCACAAAAAGCCACUGCCAUGGAAGCCCAAGCCAGGCGUUCUCCCGUCCACCGUCAGCGACGACAUUCUUCAAGACAUGGGCUGCCUACCGACACGAGAAGUGCGUGACGCAUUGGUUGAUGCCUAUUUUCAGCAUAUCCACCCGACCUUCCCAGUCAUUGUGGAACAGAGGUUCCGGCUGGAGUACGCAGAUCCACGACACCCUCCUCCACUGGUGUUGUUGCAGGCGGUUCUGCUGGUAGGCGCGCAUGUCAGCGACCAUCCAUUGGUCAGAGUGGCCAGAAGCAGUGUAAAGAGUACUCUGUACCGUCGAACGAGGGAGCUGUUUCGCGUGAGGUAUGAGAACGACAGGCUGUACCUUGUACAAGCUGCGCUCCUCAUGACAUGGUAUGAGGAGAACGGAGACGACAUCACCUGUAACCUCUGGGCAUGGACAGGUGUGGCCACUCGGAUUGCGUAUGGUAUGGGAGUUCAUCGAGAAUUACCUUUGCAGACAUCACACCCGAUGCCAAUUGAUUCCAUUCGGAGGUAUCACAUCGUUUGGUGGGCGCUUUUCUACACCGAGACAUUUGCUGCCUUGCACUUUGGCCGGCCAUGCGCUAUUAGAAGUGAGGAUUGCGAUGUACCAGAUCUCGUCUCUGAAGACUACCUCGACUUGGACGAAAACAUGGACAACACCAUCCGGAGAGACUGUUUUGAGCUCAAUGUCGCGCUGAGUCACAUCGCACAAGAUGCAAUGCGAUUGUUCGCACCGCGACCUUUGACACUACAGACCUGUCCGGCUGCUUCUCUCGGCUCGCGCUUGGCGGCUCUGGCAGUGAAGUUACCCGUCAGGGACGAUCCUUUCUCGUGCCAGACCCGACUUAACUACCACCUUGUGCUUCUUCACAGCCACCGGAUGAACCGACAUGGCCACCUGCAGGACGAGAUGCGAGACGAGGGCCACAGAGUUCGCUCCGAAGCAGCUUCAGCCAUGCUAUCCAUCCUGGAGAUCAUGGUAGCCAGAGACCACAUCCGGCAGUGCCAUUUUACCUGCAUCACAGCCUUGCUGGCUAUUGUCGUUCAGUGCAUGGAAGACAUCAAGCUCGCCAUCCAAACUAGCUCUGUGAUUCUUGCCUCGGGCGCUCAUGCAAAGCUCGGCAGGAUUCUCAGUCCGGCCAAGGAAAUUGCGACCUAUUGGCCGAUCAAUGCGGAGUCGAUAUUGAAAAUGUGCCAGCGGCAGCAUGAGAAGUUUGGUGCCAUCAUCCAGAAUUAUGUCGAAGAGCCAUCGCCCCGUCAACCAAUGGGCCAGGGAGGUGUUGAUGAUGGAUUCUGGACGGAUUUGUUCUCGGCUUAUGAUGGGGUCGAUUUCGGACAAGACCUGUCAGACUUUGGGUGGAUGAAUGUUUCGAGCACCGGUGAGCAUAUUAUUCCAGGUUGUGAGGUAUCGGCACAGGUCGAAUAA